CAACCUUAAAUAAUCUGUCUGUGUGGUAAUGCCAUGCCUGCCCUCACCUCCUUAGCUUUUUCCCCAAUUUCAUAUCAACCGCUGAAAGUGCAUGACACCUACCCAACAUAUCUAAGUUGACCUUACUGGGCAUUAUUUUUAUAUAUUUAUUUUUUGGUUUGUUUCAUAAUUUCUCUCCUUCAGAAAUGUAUAAUUAUUAUCCCCUUAUAGAGUGACGACUUACUGCUACAAGUAAACACACAUCAAAAGAUGAAGUUUAUGAAGAUUGGAACAAGACCAGAUACCUUUUACACUGAAGAUGGUACUAGGACAAUAAGUUCAGAUGUGCCGAGUGAUCUUACUAUCAAAAUCAACAACAUGGCCUAUCAUCUUCACAAGGAUCCACUGCUUCCUAAGUGUGGGCUCUUACAGAGACUGGUCUCAAAUCGCGCACAAGAUCCGGACGAUGAUAUCAGCCUGGAACUGCACGAUACGCCCGGGGGCGAAGAGGCUUUCGAGGCGUGCGCUAAGUUCUGCUACGGGAUAACCAUAAACGUGAGCGCCCGAAACUUCGUCCCUCUUUUCUGCGCCGCGAAAUUCCUUAGAAUGACGGGGGCAUUCGAGAAGGGGAACUUGGUCCCGAAGCUCGAGGCGUUCUUUGCCUCGUGCGUUCUCAAAGGCUGGAAGGAUUCGAUUUUCGCCCUCGAGACGACCCCGAAGCUGGCUGAGUGGGCAGAAAACCUCGGGGUCGUCAGGAAGUGCACAGACUCUGUGGUGGAGAAAAUCUUAACCCCUCCUGCGGAGGUCAGGUGGUCCUACACCUACACCAGGCACAGGAGGGGUAAAACGAGGCGCGGAGCUAAAUCUCCACCGCCCAGAGAUUGGUGGACGGAAGAUCUCUCCGCGCUCGACAUAGACCUCUUUAAAUGCACGCUCACUGCGGUGAAAUCAUCGGGCGCUUUCCCGCCACAGCUCAUCGGCGAAGCCAUACACGUCUACGCCACCCGGAAGCUACCCGACGCCACAAAGACAACGAGAUUCUCUCCAUCGACGUCAUCGAGAAACCCGCAGGCAAUUCUCGAGACCAUCGUGGACUUGAUCCCGACAGAAGCAGGAUCAGUCUCACUUAGAUUCUUGCUGAGGCUUCUUAGCGCCGCUAACCACUUGGGAGCAUCACCUGCAACGAAGGAGCAGCUCCUCCGGCGAUCGGGGGAGCAACUCCCCGAGGCACGGGUGAGCGACCUGCUCGUGCCAGCGCCUCUGCAGCCAGAAGAGGAUGGAAACUGGGGCUUGGAGACCGACACCGCACAGACAGACGGACGCCGGGGCCGAGACGUUGAGCUAGUCGGGGUUGUUUUGGAGAGUUUCUUGAGGCAGUGGAGAAGGGGACGACAGCUGGGAUCGGGUGGCGAAGAAGAGAGCGAUCAACGGCUGAGAUCAAUCAGGAAGGUGGGAAGGUUGAUUGACUGUUAUGUGGGAGUUCUUGCAAGGGAUCGUCCUAGAGUCCCAGUUGAGAAAUUGGUGUUUUUGGCUUCGGCUGUUCCAGACAUUGGAAGGCCUCUUCAUGAUGAACUUUACCAUGCAGUAAAUACUUAUCUUAAGGUGCAUCCUGAGCUAAGCAAAGCCAAGAAGAAGAGACUCUGCCGCGUUCUGGACUGCCGGAAGCUAUCACCGGAGGUGCGGGCCCACGCGGUGAGGAACGAGCGGCUGCCGCUGAGAACCGUCGUGCAAGUGCUCUAUUUCGAGCAGGAAAGAGGCGCGCAACUCCACGCACGGCCACGUGCGGCAGAUGAGAAGGAUGGUAGCGGUUCCUGAUGAUGAAAUAUAGAUAAAUCAAACAGAUAAAAGGGAAAGAAUAAGCAUAUAAUAUUGCUUAGGAUCAAAGAACACUGCUUAAGCAUAUAGUAUUGGGAAAGAAAUUCAUGUGUUUUCAUUGAUUAUGUGUAUAUUCAAUUCCCUUGCUGAAAAAAAAGGUAUCUUAGCACCAAAAGGUUUUCAUCAAUAAUAUUCAAUCCCCUUGCUGGAAAAAAAAAGAAGAUAUCCUAGCAUCAAAUGGUUUGUAUGUGAGAAACUUUAAAAGAAAUUAUUAUGUUUGGA